UGAAUGCGAAGGUAACUGAUAAUGAUAAAGCGCUGUUGGAUUCAAACGGACGUCAUAUUAAAUCUGGACACAAAAUGCGAGUAAAGAGUUCUGCAGAGUUUGGAAUCGAUUGAUCAAAGAGACUUCGCAUGUUUGUUAAAAAGUCGACUUUGAUAGAAGUGACCUGGAGUUAUUUUUUCCUUGUCGAAAAAAAGUGAGACCCUCCCUCAGCUGGCUACGAACAAAACAGGUUCGGCCUUUCCCAGUCUGUGAAAAAAAAAAAUGCUGAUGACCCUCCCCUCCGAAGCCUCGUUCCACUACGGCUCCCGCGAGCCCCGCAAUAAAAUACGCAUGCUCCCUUAGCAUUAGAUGGAUUCGUUUACAAACUCGAGAUAUUUUUAGCCAGGUGAUGUAAAUUCACUAUCAAAACAUCAAUAAUGAAGAGAUAAAAGUACUUGAUUGAAAGCUGAUUGGUAAUGAUAAUCUCACACCCCUGUAUGGAAUUUGUUAAAUUGUCACAUUACUGAAAACUUCACAGAUUAUAAUCGAAAACAAGCGUCUGCACAUUAAAUUUGUUUCAAUCCUUCUUUGUGGAGCGAAAAGAAAAGAAACUAAAUCAAUUAAACGAGUUCUAUUAUGACCCAUGGGAUGUAUGACUUUGAAAACGAAGCCGUCAAGGAUCCUGACUGAUUGGGAGCCACCCAAUGUGGACCGUGAUGCCACAGUCAGCAGAUAUAUGGAACAGACACUUUGCUAUUAUAAAUUACUGUGGCCAUCUCAGUGGGUUCCGUGUCAACGUGUUGUGAUAAUCAACAUUCCACUGCUCACUUCUCUACGUAAACGUUCACAAUUUCCAGCAGUCUGGUUCGCGAUGAGACUUUCAUUCAGGCUUGCCGCUUCUUUUUUGCUUGUAAGCGUUUUUGCUUUGUGUGCCUCUGGCCUCAGGUGCAACAGUUGUUCGAGUUUUAUUUCCUUUGAAGAUUGUUUUAAUCAGCGCCAAACGGCCGGAGUUUACUGUGAUGAAGAUUACAAGUGUGGCAAGUCUCAUUACGAGUAUAAAGGAAAAGAUGUUUAUAGCUUGUCGUGUGUGAGUAUCACGCACUGCAAUAACUCUAGUAACAUGUGUCAUGCAAACCUGCAGAUGAGUGACUGUGACGUGACAUGCUGCGGUGAAGACCUUUGUAACACGACCUCAAUUCCAGUGGCCAGCGUGUUUUUUGUUUCAGCAUGCCUAGCGGAGACGUUUAUGAUGUCUUUAAAAAUGGGAUGGUGACAGUCGUUUGCUUCCUUAAUUGCCGGUUGAUAUAGUCUGUUUUGGCAAACAUUGGUCGACAUUGCCUUUGUGUGUGAGAAAAUCAUUUGGAUUUGUGUUUGCGCUUGCAUAACAUUUACAUAAACUAUACAGUUGGUUCCUGAUUCCAGGAGUUUGAGGAAGCAAUUCCUCCC